ACAAAAUGUAAAAAAAAACCUCAGACAAUGUUUGAAUUAGAGUGACAACUCCCAUUCAUUAAAUGUCUGUAAGGAAAAUGCUUGUCCCUGAAAUAAUAGAAUUAUCAUUUUAAACAUGAAUACACAACCAGAGCACUCAAGUUAAAGUGUAAUUUUAAAAUAAAUUCUAGGGUUUUGGUGAAGGGCUUUGGUUAAAAGACUAGCAUUUUUUCUUUUUAUCACCAGAGUGGGGAUAGCUCUUUCCUUCAACAAAGUUUUAGUCAAGCUCAGUUGUGUUUGUUGAGAGUGAGAGCUGAGCUGAUGCAUGUAUAAUUGAUGGAUGGUAACACUGCCUCUUGCUCAGGUAAACUCAGCACCAACUUGGGUGGUGUAUUUGCAUUUGUAGUGUCCAUGACAACAUGCACACACCCACGUCAUAGCCACAAACACAAACUCCAGGGUUAUCCAUAGAAUGUAUGGGUUAUCCUUAAAGACAUCUGUCCUAAGUAGGAAACUCCACAAAGAUAAAUGAAAAAAUAUUUUGUUUGUAAUUUGUAGUUGAACUUGACUAUAUUGACUAAAUUAUAUUUGCUUUUAUAAUUCACCAUAAAUAAAACUACAAUAUUUGUAAGCUCUGAACCCACAGGAUGGAGUUUUGACAUCAGGCAAAUCCAGUGGUAUUUAAAUGUGGGGAACAAGGCGUGGCAUGGAGCAGUUCCCUGAAGCACAACUCCGUCACCUGUGAGCACUCAACAGCAUAAACCAAGCACCGGGAGGAGAGACGUCCCAGGAAACACAGAUAAGAUGAACUGGGGCUUCCUGGAGAACAUCUUGAGUGGAGUUAAUAAGUAUUCCACUGUGAUUGGUCGUAUUUGGCUGUCGGUGGUCUUCUUGUUUCGAAUCCUGGUGUAUGUGGCAGCAGCUGAACAGGUCUGGAAAGAUGAGCAGAAAGACUUUGUAUGCAACACUCGUCAGCCAGGCUGUGAGAAUGCCUGCUUCGACCGUUCCUUCCCAGUGUCACAAGUGCGGCUCUGGGCUCUGCAACUCAUCAUGGUGUCCACCCCGUCCCUGCUGGUGGCACUGCAUGUGGCCUACAGAGAGCACCGUGAGGCCCGUCACAAGCGCAAACUGUACACUGAUAAGAGCAGCCUUGACGGGGGCUUGUUCUGUACUUACACCCUCAGCCUGCUCUUCAAGACAGCCUUUGAGGUUGGAUUCUUGUUGGCCUUUUACUUUGUGUAUCAUGGCUUUGAUGUACCCAUCUUGAUCCGCUGCAGUGAAAGCCCAUGCCCCAACACAGUGGACUGUUACAUAAGCAGAGCCACUGAAAAAAAGAUCUUCCUCUACAUUAUGGGUAGCACAUCGAUUCUCUGUAUCGCUCUGAACGUGAUGGAGUUUUUCUACAUUGUCUGGAAGCGCCUUUGGAAAUGCCUCACUAGGCGCUACAUCCUAGAGGAAGAGAGACACUUGAACCACAACCAACCACCUGCAUCUAUUGUCAACAACUCUGUGUGCUUACAGCCCACAGCAAACACAGAGACAGAGCCCGCUCCAUAGUGCGAUGAAAACCUGCCAAGCCGGUUUAGUGUGGCCAAAUGAGAACUAAAACUGUCUCUAACCCCAGGCCUCCAAAAUGUAUAAAACAACACAAACAAAUGCUGUGCUGCCUAUUAGGUUAGCCUUUGAAUGGACUAGACUACAACAUUAUGUAGCUAGGUAAAAGGAAAGAAGUAUCAGAUUUUAAUACAGAUAUUGUGAGAAGUUUUAAGUACAGCGAUUAAUGAAUACAGCAAAUAAUUAAUAGGCCGUUUAGUGUGUAUGUCUACAUAAAACUAUUUUUUUUUUAAAUCAUAACAUUGCUUUAUUGUAACGUUCUGCUCUGUAAUUCUGUUUUGUGUGCUUGUAUGACUUUGGGUGAAGACGAAGCCUGACCAGCGCAUUGUAUGAACAACAGCGACAUCUAGUGGAGCAAACGAUGAAGGCUUUCAGAAGGUGGCACGUCACUUGCAUGAUCCCAUGUAAAGAGAGUUACAUACUCCGGAACGUUCUCCAUGAGUUUCAUACCAACCUGUGGAAAAGUAUAGCCAAAAGAACAGGUCAAAUGAGAGUCAGCUUUUAGGAGAUGUAAGCCCACUCAGAGUAAGGACACAUUUUUAUUUUUGUACACUGUCCCACUUCAUCUAUAGCAGCGAUUCUCAAAGUGGGGUCUCUCAGAAAUUUUGACAGCAUGGAACAUUACGCGAAUGCUACUGGAAACGAGGACACUAAUUAAGAAAAUACUGUGAGAAAUAAACUUUUCUUCCAAAUUUGGUUAUAAAUAUGAUCUGAACUUCUGAAUUUUAUUGUAAUGCCAUUGUGGGGACUGAUGACAAAUGAUUUCUAUACAAAUAAGUGAUCCCUGGACUCAAAAAAUUGACAAAAUUGUUAAUACCAUUGUUUUGCAGGCUACUUCUUAGUCAUUUAUUUUGUAAAAUAAAUAAAUUUUAUCUAUUUUAUUUAAUAUAUAUAAACAUACAGCUUGUCACUGCUAACUUUCAUUUAGUCAUUUAUCACUUUUCAAAAAAAUAGUCCAAUAUAUGAUUUUAAAUUCUGCACAUCAUAAGGAUAAGGUUAGUAAGUCGUAUGAUGUUUAUCUUUUUUUAAAGGAUCAAACUUGACAGCCAUACUUUGCCCAUAUUCACUCUAUAACAAACGCUCUGAAUGUCUCCCUGCUCUUCACCUUCAUUUCACUAUAUUGUAUAUAGUGUAUAUAAUAAAAAGCUAUGGGUCAAAUAUUCUUUGGCGUGGGGGUCAUGAGGCCAAUGGAGGCUGUGAGAAGAUUUGAAGAUAUAAUUUCAAAUUGUUAACACUGUAUUUAAUAUUUUUUUUGUAUUGAAAACAAUAACAUGUUAGUAAAAUUAUGUCAGUUAACACAUUAAACU